AGCAGAGGGAUGGAGAUGCGGAGGGCGCAGCAUCAGUAGCACCGCGGUUUGAGCGCAGGAGCUUCUCCACAGAAUCAACCACUCACAACAACACAGACAGAGACACAGUCGACCUAAAUUACUUUAGUAGCGCAAUUAUUGGAAAACUCCCGGAGGUAUUCGGCAGUUGGAAAAGGAAAUUAAUGAAGAAGGAGGGCGAAGUAAAUUGCUCGACUCUAGCGUGACAGAUGUUGGAAAAGUCUGGCUGAAUGUAGACCAACCGAAAAGGGAGAGGAGGGAGAGGAAAACCGUCCUUAACAGAGAUGAGCACGCCUUUCUGUGGGAGAUGGGCAGUGAGAGUUUAAGCGCUGAAGGCUUUAAUGCGAUGAUUCAGGUGACACAAAAGGGCAUGUUGCUGACAGAAAAUCAUCAGUGGACUUAAGCUUGACUCCAACUUGACUGCCACUGGUUAUGAAAAUCUGCACUUCAAAACUAAAACGGCCGGGCGUAAGAUGUUUGUGGAGUCAGUCGUCCGAUGGGGGUUGUGGAGCAUCCUGCUCCAGUUUGGACUGGGCGUAUCUGCAGGAGGCUGUACUCCACGCUGUCUGUGUCGACCUGAGCCCAAAGAAGUGAUCUGCUCUGGAAAACACUUAAAUUCGGUGCCAGAGGCCUUGUCCAGUGAUGCCAGACGUUUGGAUUUAUCCCGCAACAGGAUUAAGACUGUGGGACGCCGCCAAUUUUCUGGCCUUGUGAAACUUCAAGAGUUGGACCUCAGUGAUAAUAUAAUCUCCAUGAUUGAGGUAGAGGCUUUCCUGGGCCUACAGAAUCUCAGGACACUUCGGCUUAAGAAUAACCGCCUCAAGAUCAUCCCAGUUGGGGUGUUUUCUGGCCUGUCCAGUCUGAAUUUUCUGGAUUUGAGCCAAAAUGAGAUUUUGGUCUUUCUGGACUAUACCUUUAAAGAAAUGGUAAAUCUGCAGACACUGGAAGCUGGUGAAAAUGACUUGGUCUUCAUCUCCCAGCGUGCUUUCUUUGGUCUGCAGAAUCUACAGGAGCUCAACUUAGACCGUAGCAACCUGACCUCAAUUCCCACUGAGGCAUUGUCCCAGCUCCAGAGCCUGACACGUCUACGAAUGCUACGCCUCACCAUUUCUACACUUCCCAACAAUGCUUUCCGUAAACUGCAACACCUGCGCAGCCUCCUGAUCACAAACUGGCCGGCACUGGACACUAUAGCUGGCAACAGCCUAAUUGGUCUAAAUUUGACCUCGCUUGUUAUCAGUAGCUGUAACCUAAGUGCCGUUCCUUAUUCUGCACUUCGUCACCUAGUGUAUCUGCGCUUUCUGGACCUGUCCUAUAACCCCAUCACUGUUAUCCAAGGUAACCUGCUUGGGGAUCUCUUGAGACUUCAGGAGUUACACUUAGCAGGUGGCAGCCUGCUACGAAUAGAGCCAGGAGCCUUCAGGGGACUAGCCUAUUUUCGCAUGCUUAAUGUGACAUCCAAUCAGCUCACUACUUUGGAAGAGAGCGCCUUCCAUUCUGUUGGGAACCUUCAGGUGCUGCGGUUAGAUGGGAAUCCCCUAGCAUGUGACUGCCGGCUUCUCUGGGUGUUUCGUCGCAGAGUGCGGUUGAACUUUGAUGGACAUCAGCCCACUUGCUCCUCUCCUGAUACAGUAAGACAGCGUGAAUUCAAAGACUUCUUAGAGAAGGAACUUCCAAGGGUUUUUACCUGCCGCCCUGCUCGCAUCGUGCACCGUAGGCCACAAGAGGAAAGAGUAGAGGAGGGCACUACUGUUCUCUUUUCCUGCAAGGCUGAUGGGGAUCCAUCACCAUCUAUCACCUGGAUCUCAUCCCAUAAAAAUGUGAUUUCUCCAACAGGAAGAAUCAGAGUUUUACCAAAUGGAACUUUAGAAGUGCGUUUUGCCCAAGUUCAGGAUAGUGGCACAUAUCAGUGCCUGGCAAGUAAUGCAGCUGGCAAUGACAGUCUGACUGUCAGCUUGUAUGUGAAGGGGCUCCCACGCAACCGAAACAUGUCUUUCGUCACAGAGGAGGGCUUGGUAGAACCUUCAAAUACCCAAGCUGCAAACUCCUCAGCUCAAAUGGCUAAGCCAUACCCAUUCGAUGCAAAGACCUUGAUCAUUGCAACCACCAUGGGCUUCCUGUCGUUCCUUAGCUCAGUUGCCAUCUGUUUUGUCUUCAUGUUUUUCUGGAGCCAGAGCAAAGGUCAAAUUAAACACACUGCAACUAUUGACUUUGUUCCUCGGUCUUCCAUGGGUGGAGGGGGAGGGGAUGGAGGUGAUGGUGGCAGGUUUACCAUGAAACUCAUUUAAAGCUGAGUUAAAAAAUUAAAAGGAGUGUUCAUAUAGAAUUUGAGUUCUUCUGUAUCACUGGUGAUUUCCACUGAGACACUCAAAAACCAACGCUACUAUUUAAACACCCCUUAAGAAGGCAAACCGGAGCCAGUGUGAUGCACUUGUACCAGUCCUCUUCUAAUUUUAGAGUUGAACGUUCCAUCUCAGCACCAACUUGGCUGUGUUAUCUAACUAAUGAAUAUCUUAUGAUCCAGGGAUGGGAUAAUGUUAGCAGAUUGUAGGUGGAGCUGUCUCCUGGUUGCUGUGCAUUUAUUUUCAAAGACUUGUACUUGGAAAAAGCAAUUCCUUUUUUUCUUUUUUGAUGCAUGUAUUUACUAAACAGUUAUAAAUCUCAUAGGUUUGUGUAGUGACUGAGACCACAGUUAGAAUUUCACAACUAUCAUAUUUAAAAAGUACCAGGUGCUUGUUUAAUCAUCUGUAUUGUACUAAUGUGCUAACUUUUGUUUUCUUUUGCCAACACAAUAUAAGCCAAGCUAAUUCUGGCUAAUUCUGCUUAACAAUUGAGGUAAAAGACUGUCAAUUCAGCAUUGGUUGUAAGACUUUAACAUGUACAUAUAUAACCAUAAAGCUUUUGAUACAUGCAAUAAAUUAUUGGAGUAGAGCAGCCAAAUAAUUUCUUAUUCUUAAUUCAAUUGUUACAUUUUGGACAUUAGAACUUUUUAGAACGUUUCAAGGUUGCUGCAUUGGAAUUGAUAGCUAACCCUAAUGUACAUAGGAAUGUAUCCUUUCCCUUUUCAGACAACACAUUUUUCAGGUCUGUCAGUCUUUUUACAGAUGUAGUUAGCAUGUGAUCGCAUUUGAUGAAUCUUUGUUCUAUCAAAAAUUGCAUUGAUUUUGCUUUUUACAUAAAUAUAUACAGCAGGAAAAAAGUUAGCUUUUUUUAUAUAUAUAUAUUUAUUUUGUAGCCAUCCCACCCCACCUUCACCCCUUAAAGACACACACACACACACACAAGCUAAAAAAACAUGUGCCUCAGUAACAUUCUCACCAUUGACAGAGAGAAUGCUCACCUGAUCAUUUUCAUCUUGUAAAUAUUUAGGUCAAGGGCGUUUGUGUGUGCACUGUUCAUUCUGUCAUUUUAUCUAGUUCUGGGGAUUAGUGUCACUCAAAUAAUGCACUCUUUUUGUGUGUAAACUGAACCGUGUAGAUGCACUACGCACAAAGCAAUGCUUUAUUAUGCCAUGAGAGAAGGAUGUAGGUCUAAGUGAUGCAGCAUCCACAUGUUUGUCUAUUAUUUGAUAACUUGUAAAAAUGAUUUUUCAGUGAUAUGUCAUUAAAAGCCUACAUUUAA